UCGAAAUUCGAAUUGUCAUGUUCUUUUUUCGAAAUGGUAUACUUUUUAAAUUUUGAUAAAUAAAAGUGGCCAGUAACUUUUUGAUAUUUUUUAAAGUGUUCAAAUAUUGAUCGCGGACCAAGGUCCGCAGGUUGUUGGCAACGAUGUGCGAGGGUCGCGUAACUUUGGACAGAGUUUGGAUGCAGUUGGUGUGAUUUCAGUGAUGGAGAUUUGUGUGUUGUGUUUAAGCCAUGAGGAAAUGCUGUUUUGGAAAACGGAUCGACUUUAAGACAUGACGGCUCAAGACCGAGGAAAUAUUUUCACGGACGACGACGAGGAUUUGCGUCCCCGUCAGCAGAGCUUGGGCGGUGUGCUGCGGCGCGAAGGCAAUUGGAAGUGCUUCAUGCUUACCCUCAUGAUCGCCGGCUGCCUCGGCUCCGUGGCCUGGUGUAACACCGCCAAGAUCGAUAAGGAGCUCAUCGAUUUGCAUACAUUCCCCAUAAAAAGAGUAGUGCGUGAGUCUCCCUGUGACGUCGGCUACGCGUACAUACCAAUAGCGUUCGUGCUGCUCCUAUGUGACGUCGGCUACGCGUACAUACCAAUAGCGUUCGUGCUGCUCCUAUACCUCGUGUAUUUGGUGGAAUGUUACCACAGCACGGCCAGGAUUCAACUUGCCAGGCGGGUGGAUACCGCCGCCGUCAGCGCCAGGGUGCAUGCAAUGAGGACCGCUACACCAAGAGUUUGGUGGAAGGCGAUCUGCUACCAUUACGUGCGGCGCAAGCGACAGGUGACGCGGUACCGGAACGGGGACGCGUACACCACCACGCAGGUGUACUACGAACGCGUGAACACGCACAGUGCGAGCACGUCGUUCGCGCACGCGUGCUGCGGACAGCGCGACGCGUCGCGCAACCUUGUGCUAGACUCCAACACGCCCAUUACUAAAGUGCGCUUCAGCAAGGGAUUCGCUUUUGCUAACAUUGAGGCGGCCAGUGAGUUCGAAGAUCAAAGGUCGAGGUUUUUUGCGGAACACGAGCGAUUCGAUGACUUCAUGGAGAUGCGAGAGGGCUUGGAUCUGAUCGGAGUGAGCUCGUUCAAGGAGUACAUGGUUGCCUAUCGGGACGCCGAUCGGUGCCCGUGGUACUCUUCUCAAUGGUUAUUUUGGACCCUGUCGUGUUUAUUACUUUCCUGGCCUCUUCGGAUUCUCAUAGAAUGUAACACCGCCUACGUACAUUAUACAAUUACCAAGAUAUUUGGAACCAACUACGAACUGGAUCCUAGUAGACAGUUGGACAUCGACACCCACUUGUCUGAUACGCUACCUCCUGUCCCACAGAGGAACUAUGGUUGGGCCAUAGCAGACGAGCAGAGUGCGUUGCUGUGCUCCGCGCCCCGCCCACCCCGCGCUCUUCCCCUCUCCCACGCCUCAACUGUUGAUAGCCUCGAGCUGUUCGCAGCAAUCAGGGAGAAUUGUGCCUUAGUACCUUCUUAUUCAGAAGCCAUGCGCAUCGACGCAGCACUUAGAGAAGAUCCUGCAGAAAAUUCUAAUAGUAAUGGAGUACUAAUUAACGUGGAAACCGAGCCAAGACCUCACCGACCCGCCAUAAAAGCGGCUUCCUUCGAUGAGCCACAACGCAGGCCCAGAGCUGGUGUAACCAGCACACACUCUAGUCAUAAUAUAUCUGCCAUUGCUAGGUCGCAUGAAGCUAAACAGCAGAAUCGGCGAUCCUGGGCGGGAAUGGUGUCUACCAACAGAACGGCAAGACAGAUUCUCGAGGAAAUCCGAUCAUCAGCCCCGGUAUGCUACCAACCCAUGCCAGAAGCCCAGGCUCCGACACGAAGUGGGGACAGUACACUAUACUUUUCAAGAGAACUAUCCCCGACUUGUUCUAGGGAUCCGUUUGGAGGUCGAUCUCAAACGACGCCGACUGACGAGCCUCCGUCUUAUGAAGAAGCAUUGAAGCUUCCUGCCUUGAGGAAAUUAACUAGGUCAAUAACAGGAACUGAUUUGUCCGGUCCUAGAAGGGCGUUCCUUAGGGAUGUCUUAUCGAACAGAAGGUCUUGCCUUGAAGGGGUGGGGGUGCUGGCGGGCGCGAAGUCCGUGCGGCUCCCUAACAGCGACCCCGGUGACGAAACACCGCUAUAGCGCUUCUAUACACUCGUUCAAUUAUUGACUCUAUGGUGCAAUCAAAUAUACUCAACUCGUGGUGCCCGCGGCUUCGUCCGCGCUAAAUCUACAUUUUUAUUCAGCCUGUACUUUAUUUAGCGAUAUUAAGUAAUUAGACGCCAGAACCAAGCUGUAAAUAUUGAUAUGAUAGUUACUCGGAAUUUGAUAUUUUUAAUGGCGAACUACUAAAAGGCAAUGUUCGCCAGAUUUGUAUUGUAACGUACCUAUGUUAAAAAAUAACGUAAGCGAGAUGAAAUUAUACAUUCAGAAUACAAAACAGAUCGAUGGCUUUAUAGAAUGAUGCGAAUGGCUUAGUAUUAUGGAAAAAGUACACAGUUUACAGAAUGAGCUUGCACAAUUAAUUAUUUAGAAUACAAUAGGCGCCAAGUAUGUAUUUAGGCAGUAAUACAUUAUGACGUGUCUGCUUGCAUAUUCUAUUAAUAAAGUAACUAAUGUUGUGUUAGUUAGGAUAUUACAUUUAUAGGAUCCGGGAUCCGUUUAAGUAAUGCAUUAAUUAAAUUUUUCAUUCCAUCAGAACUUCCUCGAGUAAUAAAUUUUAAUAAUCUCAUUAUUACAACGGCCGCUUCCUUCGUUGAAUCUCAAGGGAAGCAUCUCCAAAUAAUGUUGUUUGAUCAUAGCCUCGCUUGAAUUGACAAAUGACCCUCAUGGCUUAUUCUAAAAAAAUCUAUUAUCUUCAAAGAAUUUCAAAAGAAUUUCCCUUUGAAAAAUGAAAUUCUAGCUGUCUCAUUAGCAGCCAGACCACCAAUUUAUUGUAAAACGGCAUUUCUAUUUCAAGUUGUACUUAUACAAGUUUAUUUCUUUCGUUACUGAUAGGAGAAAAUAAUAUGCAAAAAAAAAAUGUUUUGUCCGUGUUGAAAACGGAACAAAACAUGGGGAUAUGUUAAAAGUUCCUUUGAGUAACUUACGAAAAAAUCCAACUGCAACUCGAAAAAUGUAGGCCCAACUUUAAAUAUAAAUGUUCGGAAGUAUAAGGAAAUAAGUGAAUACUUUAAGGUGAUUUGCAUUGGGAGGAGACUAUUGAUAAAUUGUACUGUACAUAAAUAUAAGGCAGUGCCUUAUAUCGUUGUUUGGCACGGGGCUUUUGAUACGUAGCGAUAUUGCGGCUUGUGGACUGUUCUGUGUAUAAAUUAAAUUUGCUUUCUCAUCAAUUGUACCAACUUACUUCAAACAGUCGUAAUUUACGCAAUUGAAAAACUCUUGUAAAUGUUCGCAACUAUGGAAAUAAAUCAAAUUAUUUGAACAAAUAUUUUGAUUUGU